UGCAAAAGAAAAAUUUAAAUCUCUUACGCAAAAUUUCCGCAAAUAAAUUAAAUUCGUUUUUUAACUAUUUAAAUAGCACACCAUUCGUACAAUUUAAAAAAGAGGAAAUUUGGAAUAUUGCGAAAUUUUUGAAACGAAAUUCGUAGAACCCAUCAGUCUCAUUGAAAAUAAAUAUUCACCAAGAAAAAUGCAAAAUUUGCAAUCGAUCCAUUUCACCCUGGCAAAUUAUCCGGAACAAAAAUAAUUUAAUUCAAAACGAGCGCAUUAGAUAAUCAGUUAAUCCAUCGUAGCUUAGUUAUACAUACCUACAUAAUCAUUAUUUAGAAAUCACAAAUUUAAAAUAAACUUUUCAUGUUUUCGACGAAUUGUACUAAUCGACAUUUUUGUGUGGGUGUGCAGGAGUACAGCGUGCAGUUGACAUUCCGCGAACAGUGGACAGACGAGCGGCUGAAAUUCGAUGACAUACAAGGUCGCCUCAAGUACCUAACAUUGACUGAAGCAAAUCGUGUGUGGAUGCCCGAUUUGUUCUUUUCCAAUGAGAAAGAGGGCCAUUUCCACAACAUAAUCAUGCCAAAUGUCUACAUACGCAUCUUUCCGAAUGGCUCUGUGCUGUAUAGUAUUCGUAUAUCAUUAACGCUCGCAUGUCCCAUGAAUCUGAAAUUAUAUCCAUUGGAUCGACAAAUAUGCUCACUAAGGAUGGCAAGUUAUGGUUGGACAACAAAUGAUUUGGUCUUCCUGUGGAAGGAGGGCGAUCCUGUGCAAGUGGUUAAGAAUUUACACCUACCUCGCUUUACACUUGAAAAAUUCUUGACUGAUUACUGUAACAGUAAAACCAAUACGGGUGAAUACAGUUGCCUCAAAGUCGAUCUACUAUUCAAGCGAGAAUUCUCAUAUUACUUAAUCCAAAUUUAUAUCCCAUGCUGUAUGUUGGUCAUUGUCUCAUGGGUGUCAUUCUGGCUUGAUCAAGGCGCCGUACCAGCACGUGUGUCAUUGGGUGUCACCACCCUACUGACCAUGGCCACACAAACGUCUGGCAUAAAUGCCUCACUGCCGCCAGUCUCCUAUACGAAAGCGAUCGACGUUUGGACUGGCGUCUGUUUGACGUUCGUCUUUGGGGCGUUGCUCGAAUUUGCGCUGGUGAACUAUGCCUCCCGUUCAGGUUUGAAUAAAGCUAACAUGCACAAGGAGAAUAUGAAAAAGAAACGUCGCGAUUUGGAGCAGGCCAGCUUAGAUGCUGCUUCAGAUCUGCUCGACACAGACAGUAAUGCAACAUUCGCAAUGAAGCCGCUGGUGCGUCAUCCCGGCGAUCCAAUGGCCCUGGAGAAGCUGCGCCAAUGCGAGGUGCAUAUGCAGGCGCCCAAACGUCCAAACUGCUGUAAGACAUGGCUAUCAAAGUUUCCUACAAGACAAUGUUCUAGAUCGAAGAGGAUCGAUGUUAUAUCACGAAUAACGUUCCCGCUGGUAUUUGCGUUAUUCAAUCUGGUCUACUGGAGCACUUAUCUCUUCAGGGAAGAGGAGGAUGAGACCUUCUAAAGGCGAUCGGAUUGUGAUGUUGAAAUCAAUGAAAGCAAAGUGCAGAAAACUAGGAAUAAGCAGCUAUGUAGAAUCCAAAAAUCAAAAAAAAAUAUAUAUAUAUAAAAAUCAUGAAAAUAAAAAAAGCAUUACGCGCGCAAUAGAAGAAAGUAAAAAAAAUUUAAAGCAGCAUGCAAAGAAUAAACACAAACAAUUCACACAACAACGUCGAAUCUGGGUUCGCAAAUAUCGGUAAUGGCGAGAAGGUUAGAAACAAUAAUUCAUAAUUAUAAAAUUAGUAAAAUAUUAUAAAAUAAGUAAGUAUAAGAAAAAUUAAUUAGCUAUAAAUUAGAUAUACGAAUGAAGCACUUAAAACACUUACAUACAUACAUACACAUAAUCAGGUGUGUGCAAGUGCCAUGCAGUCAAGAAGUUCAAUAACCACACAUGUGAACAUACGAACAGACAAAUACAUAUGUAUGGAUAUUAGGGUGCCUCACCAUAAAAAAAAACUAUGUGGUUUUUCCACCGGAAUUAUAAAAUUUAUUAUAUUUUAAGAUUAUCGCCAAAAUACUGCGGAUAAGUAUUAAGAUUUACUUGAGCUGGACCAAUUUGAGAUUCUCAUUACAUAUUUUGAUUCGGUUGACAAAAUUUUUCAACAUUUUUGUGCAGUCCUACUAAGCUUAAAUUCUUCUAUCAUCUGAAUUAAAACAAAAAAAAUGUUUAACUACUUCUUUAAAAAAUAAAAAAACAAAUUUUUGUAGAUAUUUUCAACUUGGUCCAGUUCGCUUGAGUCUGAAUAUUUUUCUAAAAUAAUUUGCCAGAAGUCUUAAAAUCUACGAUUUUAUAAUUCCGAUGGAAAAAGAGUACCGAUUUUUUUUGUGCAGAUUGUUGCACCCUAAUGUGCAUGUGAUGCCCGUUACACACGAACUUAGGUACAUACAUACAAACAAAGGUUUAUGUUCGUUUAUGUUUGUUAAAAUACUUUUUUUUCAUUUGUAGGUUAAAUUAAUGUUUGUAAAAUACAUAUUUACGCUUAAAAUUAAAAUCUAGUAUUAAGUCAUUUCAUGUUACUCAUUGUUAUUUAUGUCAAAAUAGGAAAUUUUUUUAAUCGCGAAGGAUAUUAAUAAAAAAAAAAAAGAACUGCCAGUUGUCAAAAUAUCAAAUUCCCGCAGUGCUCACUAGCUUGACGUCACUCACCUGCUCUACAGCGCCAACCUACGGUGGCUUCGUUGCCCCAGUAGCACUGUGGACAACGCUCCUAGUGUUAUAUACAUACAUAUACAAAUAGGUAAUUUGUGCCACUG